AGAUGCCUCUGUUAAUACUCUGAAUUAAUAACAGCUGCUCAGUUGCUGUUCAAAUGUGUUGUAAACAAAACGUAAAGAAAUGGCAAUGGAAUCGGACGGCUUAAAUAAAGGACAUCCAAUAUUUCGCAAUGAACCAUCAUUCAGGGAAUUUAAUAAAACAUUCGAGGAUGCUGACGAUACACUCUUUUCAUUUUUGAACGAAGUGGACGCGGAGACAUUGAAAGAAGAGCAACUGCAACCUGCGCAAGUGUUCAUUUCAUACAACCGCAUUUUCGCUCAAAGAGAUCCUCGCACUCAGCAGGUUGUGGCCCAGCCUGUAUAUGAUCAUAGUACGCAAAAGCUGCCCUAUGCAUUCCCCAAUUCUCAGGAACGACAUUCGUCGCUAAGCCGUGCCCAGCAAGCCGCUUGUCUCCGAGUUCUCCUAGCCUGGCAACGCAACGUAGAAGUGGACAAGGCGGAUUCCGUAGUGUGGCAUGCCACGCACAUCAAACGCAGCUCCGAGGAACAGUUGGUGCAGCAGCGGAUCUUCGAAUACGCCAACACUCAAAAGGAACGCAUCUAUGAACCCAUGAAGCAACUGGUGCUGUGCUACAGCAAAUGGUUUGCGGAUUAUAUCCAGCAACUGCUGCCUACGAUUCCCACGGCCAGCUAUGCAACACACUCGGGAUUGCCGCAGCUGCCACAGUGCAAAGCUAUAAACGUGGAUGAGGCCAACAUGGAGAACAUAGAGCUGCUGUGUCGUGUGGGUCAAGUGCGUCUCUGGCCAGAGAUUGAAAUCAAGCAGUCCGAGCUCAGCUCGUUGCGUGUGCGUCUCGAGCGUUAUGCGUGUCCAGCAUUUGAAGCUAAAACUUUGACACAGCGCCUUGCUGCUGAGCUGAAGCAACGCAUCGCUGUGGCGGAUGAGGAUGUGUUUGUGCUGCCCCUUGAUGCCAUCUUGAUGCUACUGAUACCUGGCGCCUACAUUGACCUGCCCACCGAAAUGCUGGUGAGCAUACGCGACAUUCCCGACAGCGACUUCAAGUCCUUUGAGUUCCAGCAACCCUUUGCCGCUCGUCACUGUGGCUGGCAUACGAAUAGUCGUCUCUUAAGCCAGGCUUAUGCUGCAUUUGCGCCAUCGCAGUGGCUGCAGUUCAAUGCUGAUGCCAGCGUCUCAGUGAUUGAUGAGCAACUGCACCAGGAUGAAGCUGAUAAUGUUGAGAUGCCUCCGCAGCUAGAUUAUAAACUGCAUCCCAUAGAGGAGACUGUUCCACAUAUUAAACAAACAAAAACGAAUUCCGCUUUGAUCAGCUGGCGUCUUCGCAACGCUGAAGCGGAGCAAGGCCUGCAAAUCUACAGCAGUCUCUCGUUGGCUGCAGUGCAUGAUCCAUGGGGUAAACAUCCGCUGGGUUGUCACCUGUUCAAACUGGAGACUAAACCAGAAUGUGGCUGCGAAGUCAUGUCCAAAUAUGAGCUGCUCUCAGCCUGGUUGCAGUUGAAGUUGCUUCAAACCGAAAUGGGACACUGCACACGCAUUUCUUUGCGGGAUUUUAUACCAUUGGUGGAACAACCAUUACAAUUGGCUGCAGUCGAGCAACAACUGCAAGAUCUGUACAACAUCAGCAUGCCACAACAGCUGUGCCAUUUGCACGAGUUCCUCAAACUUCUAAGAGGCGUUGCGCCUGGCGAGUAUUUGCUACGCUAUACAACCAAGUACAAGGAUAAAUUUCUGUUGUGUCAACCGCUGAUGGCGCCAACAGCACAAAGCUUUAAUUUGAAAGAUUUGAUUACUGGGACGACGCCUAGCAACAUAGACUUUCUCACCGAUAGCAAUUGCUAUCUGCCCAUUGCGCCGAAGCUGUGCAGCCGCCUGCAUGAGGAACAACAGUUGCUGCCUUGUGCUUUUCCAGCCAAAGCGAAGGGCGUGCAACGCGCCAAGAAGAAGUUGAAGGAGGAAACGAAACCCAAACUAGUGCAGCGGAUUAAGUCAAGUUUAACCAAGAAGCCAGCACCAAAAAAAAGCAAGCGACGUUCGCAACGACAGCGAAAACGUGACGAGGCCAAAGCCAAGGAAAAGGAGGACAAAGAACUAGACAAAUUCAUGUGUCUGUAA